AUGUCCAUCCUGUUGGACAGGAUCAGUUACGGUACGGAACCUAUCGUCGCCACUGCAUUCUACACAGAUCUUCCAGAAACGGUCACGAAGGCUGAAGGCAGCAUGUCCGAUGCCGACUUUAAAGCCGGAUAUUCCAAGGACAAAUGGAGCUCAGGGCCUCAGAGGAUCCUGAUCCAUUCCAAAGGGUUCAUCAAUGACCUGCGGAAGAUAAUUCGUGUUCCCGAUACCCAAAGGAGCGGCGCGCUGGCGAUGGUGCCCCCCUUCAAAUACCUGAUCCAUCACCGGGACGCAAUCAAAGCAAAGAUGAUUGAGCUGGAAGAAGAUGCGUCUAGGCGUGAGCACGCUCCAAUAACUUCCACAGACGGCUCCACCGACACCUGGCAGGUCUUGAGAGUCAAAUACUUUCGAUGUCUUCAUGACUUCAUACAAACAGACCUGGCGAAUUACCUUGGCUUAGAACUCAAUAUUCGGGAUGGGGAUCUAGAAGAGAUAUUGUUCGAGGAAACAUACCAUCUCUAUAGACCGGGCGACUUGGUCCUCGCGUCUGACACUGGCGAGAGUCAACUUUACCAAAUUUACUCGGUCACAGGGGGCAGGGUGCUUCUGUCGACGCGCUCCGAAUUGCCUGGGGCUCCUCCACACCUACGCGGUAGGGAAAUGAGAGCUGGCACCUGGAUGGACCUCCGCAUUGUGGCCUUCUCCAUGGGAUGGGAUGGAGAAAAUAUUGGACCCCGGAUAGCCAACUACGACCUACCAUACUUCAGCGGAAGGAGAUUGGUUACGGACUUGGAUCUCUAUCCCAUCCAGUUUCACAGUGAUGGUGAUGCACUACGCAAACGUUUGGGCGCCCGGGGUUCCAACCUGGUCCAAUGUUUUGGCCACAAAAAGUACACCGGAACAGCUGUGCCGCCUCAUCCGUCUUUGCAAAUGUUUCUGGCCCAACCCCCUGGCACCAUCAGCGGCAAUGGCAGAGAUGGCGAAGGAAUCAAGUCAAAUCCGUCUGAGACUGUCCGAGGCGAUGUGUACAUUGACUACAAAGCUCUCUACACCAACUACUUCAGCACAUUUCCACCGCUUAGCCUGAUGUCAAGACUCCCUGGUGAAGACGCAGAGGCAAUAGACACGCUGAGCGAUGGCAGAUUUUGGAACUGUAGUGACCGCGAUCUGGAUUCUCUACAGACGGAAAUAUUCCAUCACAAACACACCCAUCUAACUAGAUUCAGCAAGCCAGAAGGUAUAACAGAGGACGAGGACCGGCUCAAAUUGCUAGUCGGCCAGGUCCCCGCCUUCGUUCUCAGUUCCCGAAAAUGGGAAUGGUUGGAUGUGGAUAAAAUGGAAGACAUUGACAAGUCAGAAACUUCAAGGAACGAUGGUUGGAAAGAACUUGUGAUCCCGCACAAGUUCAGCGAGCUCCUACUCUCACUUGUCAGCAACCACAUCUCCGAUAUUCGGGUCAGAAAAUGGGAAGCUUCCGCCCGAAAUGAUUCCACUGUUCAGAUAGAUCUGGUCCGGGGGAAAGGAAGGGGCCUUAUCAUUCUUCUCCACGGGCCACCGGGAUCGGGCAAGACGAGCACCGCGGAAACCAUUGCAGCAUACACCGGCCGACCACUGUAUGCUAUCACCUGUGGCGACCUCGGUACGGAGCCAAAAGAGCUCGAGAAGAACCUGGUGAGGCAUACUCGCCUUGCCGAGAAGUGGGGCUGCGUCCUACUCCUGGAUGAGGCAGAUGUGUUUUUAAUGUCCAGGAACUACCUUGACAUGCACAGAAACGCUAUGGUGUCUAUCUUCCUACGUCAACUGGAAUUUUACUCGGGAAUCCUUUUCCUCACUACGAACAUUGUCGGCGUUAUCGAUGAGGCUUUCAAAUCUCGCAUCCAUGUGGCCUUGGAGUAUCCCGCAAUCGAUGAAGACUCAACCCUUGAGAUCUGGGGUAAGACGCUGCAGCGCAUCAAGCGGGACAACGAGAAGGCAGAGGUGAAGAUACUCUUCAACGAGGCAAAUCUCAAGAAGUUUGCCAAGAGCCACUACCGGAGGAACGAACGCAGCGGGACCACAUGGAAUGGGCGGCAGAUCAGGAACGCGUUUCAGACCGCGAUUGGCAUCGGCCAGUAUGAGAGGCUGAAAAGGGUCGACGAAGCAGAGAAAGAGGGCAGGCAGCCUGAGAAAAGCUCACGGUCCAUCAGACUGACGGUCGCAAGCUUUGAGUCUGUUGCGGAGACGACGAGCGAUUUCGAAAAGUACAUCACGAGAACACGAGGUGACGACCGAGUGAGGGCAGCGGCGCAUGAAUUCAGACACGAUGAACAUAGCCGUGAGCCACCUCCACGGAAGGGGUACCGUACUCCAGUCAGCAUGUAUCAAACAGAUCAGGACACCGGCGUGAGCAGGACAGGUCGCUCUCGUCAAUAUGCUGGAGCGUCUACUUCACCGGGUCCGAGGCAAACAGCCAAGGGACGGGACGCGGAGAAGGAUCGUAGCAGGGACGCGGGGAGCGAUGAGGAAAUCAUAGAGGAGGACUUAGAGGAUGAGGAUGAGGAUGAGGAUGAGGAUGAGUGA